AUGGCUGAACUUGUGAGCCCCCGAGAACAGGACCUGAAAUGUUCCCCGAAGCCUCAGCCACCGCCGGCGCGCCGCACCCCAAGCCAGAUCUUCCCACGGGUCCGGAGGCCCCUGACCGUGGCCGAUCUCAGGCCCAGGAUGGAGAACGAGCGGCUGGGGGUGGUGCGGGAUUCCAUGCUGCAGAACCACCUCAUCGUCAAGCCUGAGCUCGGGAAGCCACGGGAAAGAAGCUACAGCCUCCCCGGCCCUGACUUCAGUUAUGGGCUCUACAUCCGCGGGUUGGACGGAGGGGUCUCCGAAGCCCUUGGUCACUGGCAUGAGUACAAAAAGCCGCCCACCUGUCCCCAGAAGUUGCCCCGGGAUUACAUCGCCAUGAACAGGAGGGCGCUGAAGAUCGGCCUGGUGACCGCCAAGGAGACUUUCCUCUACCAUCAGCUCAAUGACAUCCGUGUCAGGGACCAGAAGGAGCGACCGGUCCGGAAGGAGGCACCCUCGUUCCCUCCAAAUAUGACAUUUGGGAUCAAGGCUCGCCCUUCCACCCCCUUGCCCGACCUGCUGCGCCACCAGUACCAGCAGCUGUGGGUGCAGGAGCAGAAGGACACCCAGAAGGCCAUUAAACUGGAGAAAAAGCACAAGGUGAACCUUGGGAAACUGUAUGAGACCAGGAGCUGCCAACUGAGGAGACACAAGCCGGUCGUGAAGGUGGACACACUCUGGCGCCUGCCUCAAUUCCAGAAGGUGGGCACCCAUCUGGACACCUUUCCCACAGAAGCCGCCCGCCAGCGAGCUCUGAAAGCUCAUCGGCAGGAACACGCUGUGCGCCUGGGCAGCCUGCGGAUGGGCAACUACACACACCCCUGAAUCUACAUGCUCAGGCCCCGCUUCUGCUUUUAUCUGGUCUGGAUCUCAGAUCCGGGGUCGAGGUUCAUUCAUCCUCGGUAAUCCCCCCUUUAGAAUUAGCGUCCGCCA